UUUCUUCUUUGUUUCUGUUCGAAGGAAACGCUGACAUGGUGAACGAAAUAGAUGGAUUGAAGUUGGACCAGAUGCACGGAAAGAGCAGGGUGCGGGUGGCUAGGGUUUGGAAGACUAAAGAUGGGUUCUACUCUAUGUCUGAGUGGAACGUCAACAUCAGUCUCCUCUCAGAUUGCCUUCCCGCCUAUACCCACGAUGACAAUUCAGAUAUUGUCGCCACUGAUACCAUGAAGAACACUGUAUAUGUCAAAGCAAAAGAAUCAUCUGAACAAAUUUCAGUGGAGGAAUUUGCAAUAAAACUUGGGAUCCACUUCACGUCCUUCUAUCACCAGGUUACUACUGCCAUAAUCAAGAUUGUGGAAAAGCCAUGGGAGCGGAUAUCCGUAAAUGGUAGCUUGCAUAAUCAUGGUUUCAAACUUGGAUCUGCGAAGCACACUACAGAAGUAAUGGUUAACAAGGGUGGUUCCCUAAGGUUAGUUUCCGGCAUUGAAGGCUUAGCAUUGUUGAAGACGACAAAGUCAGGUUUUGAAGGAUUUGUUAGAGAUAAAUAUACAAUGUUGCCUGACACACGAGAGAGGAUGCUGGCAACUGAGGUCACAGCAUCAUGGAGAUACCAUUUUGAAUCUAUUUCAAGUAUUCCCAAGAAAUCACUUUACUUUGAAGAGAGGUUCUUGGAGGUGAGAGAGGUUCUGAUUAAUACUUUCUUCGGUCCCCCCAAAGAGGGUGUUUACAGUCCAUCGGUUCAAAGAACCCUAUAUCAGAUGGGGAGUGCCGUACUUGGAAGGUUUCUUGAGAUCAAUUCGAUUCAACUGAAGAUGCCAAAUAUUCAUUUCCUGCCAGUUAAUCUGUCAACCAAAGAGAAUCCAUCUAUUCUGAAGUUUGAAGACGAUGUCUUUCUACCAACAGAUGAACCGCAUGGAACAAUUGCAGCUAGUUUGACCCGCACCCUUUCCCGCAUUUGAAUUUGGUUGGUGAAUGUUUUUCUUCCAAUAAUAACUGUUGCUAUUUGUUUUCUUCUUUCCCUAAAUUAGCCACAUCCAUCACUUUGGAUGUGCUGCUGCAAAUAUGUUGUACAAUUUCAAUGUUCUGAUUCAUAGAAAACCGGAUUCUCCA